AUGAGUUCUUCUGCCGAUGUCGAAAUUGUCUAUGUCACCGCUGUUUUAGACAGUGCCAAUGACACCCUCAACGACACUGCUUCAUCCUCCUCUGAGUCUGGUGCCUACUUAGUCCACCCUUUCAAUGCUGAUGGCUCCAUCUUGAAAGUCUACACCAUCUUGGCUGCCUUUUUUGGUGUCACUUUUGUGUUAUCCGCUGCUAAUAUUCUGUCCAUUUUAUCUCAUCUUAUUGGAUCUGGUCUUUGGUAUCUUAUAAUCUUUAAUAAUUAA